AUGAUGAUUUAACGGAUAACAUUAUAUGCUCAAGUAAUAUUAUAUUUAUUUUAAUAUUUUAUAGAAUGUCAUUACACAUGGAAAGAAUGUGCAAAAUAGUUCUGAAAAAGUUGCUUGUACAGAAUGUCCUGAAACUAGAAUACCUAGUAAUCCAUUAGUUGGUAAUUACGAAUGUGUUUGUCAAUUUUCGAACUUUUUUGAUGAUGGAUAUUCACUAAAAUGCCGUUAAUGUGAUCUUACUUGUAACACUUGUAAUGGACCACUUUCAUCUAAUUGUUUAACAUGUGAUAACUCAUAUAGAUAGCUUGAAUUUUCAACAUUCAGCUGCCCAGAUUAUUAUUAUGAUAUCGAAUAAUUAUAAUGUGCAAGUAUAUUUGCUAAAAAAUAUCAAAAGGAUGUCACUUUUCUUUUCAAAAAUGUUUCAAUAAUACUGAAAAUGGUUGAAUGGUUUGUUCUGAUCUUCAUUUUAGAGUAUUAAAAGGUAAAAUAUGUAAAUGUGCUAAUGGAUAUUAUGAAGAACCAAAUUAAUCAUAAUUUCAGAGUAAUUAUUAAAAUUUAAUAGAAUGCUCUUAGAAAUGCGAAACUUGUGAAACUACAGAGGACAGAUGUUUAACUUGUCCAUUUAAUUCUCUUCGUAUUCUAUAUCCAAUAAAGGGUUGUUUCUGUUCUGCAGAAUUAUAUGAUAAAGAAAACGAAAUCACCUGUUAAAGUAUUUAGUUUAUAAAUUGAAAGAAUGUCACUUUAAAUGCAAAUUAUGGGGAAGAUCAAUGUCUUUCAUGUGAUUCUAUCACAAAUAGAGAACUAAAAUUGAAUUAAUGCUAAUGUAAACCUCAUUAUUUUGAAAUUUAAGUUUAGGAAUGCCAAAGUAAUUAUUAAAAUUAAGUUUAGUUUGUAGUGCCUUCUGUUAUGAAUGUUAAAACAAUUUUGAUAAUUGUACUUCGUGUAAUGAUGAUAGAUAUUUAGAUGGUAGUACUUGUAAAUGCACGGCUAAAAUUUUCGGUGCUGCCAUAGGUACAUUUGACUUUAAUGGAUAAGUUAAAUGCUAAAGUAUUAAAUUCAUCAAUAUUAGAGUGCAAUUAUUCUUGCGGAAGUUGUGAUGGUAGUGACGCAACAGAUUGCUUUACUUGUAUAGAAAAUGAGAAUAGAUAUUAAGUAGGAAAUACUUGUGUCUGUAAAGAUGGAUAUUUCAAUUCAGGAUUGCCUGUAUGCGAAAGUAUUAAUAAAUUAUAUUAAUAGAAUGUGGUUAUAAAUGUAAAAAUUGUAAGUAGAAGGCAGAUAACUGCAUCUCAUGUAAAGAUAAUACCUUUAGAAUUUUUAUAUCAGGUUCCAAUAAAUGCUCAUGUAUAUAAAGAUAUUAUGAUGAUGGGAAGAAUGAGUUAUGCUCUAUUGAAUCAAAUAGAACUUUUAAUGAACAACUUUUUACAUGUGAUUGCAACAUAGGAUAUUAUGAUUCUGGUAUUGAAAUUUGCUAAAAAUGCCACUAUUCAUGUUUAAACUGUAGUUCAGGAGAUUAUAACUCUUGUAUUUAAUGUGUAGAUUCAAAAACCUCUAAUAGAGCAUUCCAUAAUAAUACCUGUUAAUGUUUAUUGGGAUAUUAUGAUGAUGGUAAAUUAAUUCAGUGUUAAAAGUGUGAUAUGUAAUGUCUAAAUUGUAUAGAUUAAUCUUACUAGUGUUUAUCAUGUCCUUAAACUAGAAAUAUAUUAAGUAAUUGCAAAUGUGCAGAGGGAUAUUACUCAUUUAAAGCAAUGAACAACAUAGAUUUUUAAUUAUUAUUAAUAUUUAUCAACAAAAAUAGGUCAUCUUUUUCUUUUAAGGUAAUCAGUUGA